GUCGGACGGUGUAAUAUACAGGUUACCUCUGCUACAGAAGUUUAUAUUUUAUAUAAUUUUUUAUCUACAUAAAAGAAUAUUAAAAAACUUAAAGUUGAAAUAAGAAAAUAACAUUAAAUUUAUUUUAAAAAAUGUAUUUCUUGAUUUUAAUAAACAAUUUGGAAUUAAAAAUGUAAGUUAUUUAGACAACGUUGACCUUAGACAGUAGAGCCUCUGCAAAAAACUAUAAAUAUACGUGGAGCAACGUCUUCAGUAUAGGUCAUACACUUACCAAAACAUGAAUGUGUUCACAACUCCCAUCGAAAGUGAUACAUAUUUUUUUAUUAUAAGAAAUGUACAUAAAACUCUCUUAUUCAUCGAUCUUAAAAUUUGAGACUGAUAAUACCACUGCAUUUCUUCGCGCUGCUCGCUCAGGAAAUCUUGAAAAAGUGAUUGAAUAUCUUGACACUGAUCUAGACAUUAACACAGCUAAUUCAAAUGACUUAAAUGCUUUGCAUUUGGCUUCAAAGGAUGGUCAUGUGGAAAUAGUUACAGAACUUUUAAAAAGAGGUGCUAAAGUCGAUGCUGCUACAAAGAAGGGAAAUACUGCCUUACACAUAGCUUCAUUAGCUGGUCAAUCGGAGACAGCGAAUAUACUUAUUCAAUAUGGAGCACAAGUCAAUAUUCAAUCUCAGAAUGGAUUUACACCGCUUUAUAUGGCAGCACAAGAAAAUCAUGACAAUGUUGUUAAGAUUCUGCUCAGUAAUGGUGCUAAUCAAAGUUUGGCAACAGAGGAUGGCUUUACCCCUUUAGCUGUUGCAAUGCAGCAGGGACAUGAUAAAGUAGUUAGUGUUCUUUUAGAAAAUGAUUCAAAAGGAAAAGUAAGGCUUCCUGCUCUUCAUAUUGCUGCUAAAAAAGAUGAUUGCAAAGCAGCAGAUUUACUUCUUCAGAAUGACCACAAACCGGAUGUUACCUCAAAAAGUGGAUUUACUCCUCUUCAUAUAGCUGCACACUAUGGUAAUGAAGAGAUUGCAAAGCUACUGAUAAAAAAACGUGCUGAUGUAAACUACCAAGCUAAGUUUAAUAUUAGUCCAUUACAUGUAGCUGCAAAGUGGGGAAAAAACAAUAUGGUAAAAGUACUUUUAGAAAAUGGAGCAGUUAUUGAAUCGAAAACUAAGGAUGGGUUAACACCACUUCAUUGCGCCGCUAGAUCUGGUCAUGAGGAAGUUGUUUCAACUCUUUUAGAAAAUUCCGCACCUAUAAGUGCACGAUCGAAGAACGGAUUAGCACCUUUACAUAUGGCAUCACAAGGAGAUCAUGUAGAUGCCGCGAGAGUUUUAUUGUAUCAUCGAGCACCAGUUGAUGAAGUAACGAUAGAUUAUUUAACAUCUCUACACGUAGCGGCUCAUUGUGGACACGUUAGAGUGGCAAAACUACUUUUAGACAGGAAAGCAGAUCCAAACGCCAGAGCCUUAAAUGGCUUCACUCCAUUACAUAUUGCUUGCAAAAAAAAUCGCAUUAAAGUUGUGGAACUUUUAGUAAAGCUUGGUGCAUCUAUUGAGUCAACGACAGAGUCAGGACUCACACCUUUACAUGUUGCAAGUUUUAUGGGCUGUAUGAAUAUUGUCAUAUUUUUACUUCAACAUGAAGCGAAUCCUGAUGUUCCUACAGUCAGAGGUGAAACACCAUUACAUUUAGCAGCUAGAGCAAAACAAACAGACAUUAUUCGUAUUUUACUUCGAAACGGAGCAAAAGUUGAUGCUCGUGCGAGGGAGCAACAAACACCGUUACAUAUUGCUUCAAGAUUAGGAAAUCUUGAUAUAGUAAUGCUCUUACUGCAACAUGGUGCUGAUGUUGAUACAACUACAAAGGAUAUGUACACAGCAUUACAUAUUGCAGCGAAAGAAGGACAAGAUGAGGUUGCUGCUAUUCUUCUUGAAAAUAAAGCAUCUAUUAAAGCAGUAACGAAAAAUGGAUUUACACCUUUACAUAUUGCUUCAAAAUACGGAAACAUGAAUGUCUGCAAAAUUAUUUUACAAAAGGAAAGCAAACUAGAUGCACAAGGAAAGAAUAAUAUAACUCCAUUACACUUGGCUUGUCAUUAUGAUCAUCCAAAUGUUGUACAAUUAUUGCUGGAGAAAGGAGCAUCUCCUAAUAUUACUUCUCAAAAUGGUCAUACUCCAUUACAUAUUGCAGCACGAAAGAAUCAGAUGGAUACAGCAACUGUUUUAUUAGAGCAUGGGGCUAAAACAAACGUUGAAUCGAAAGCUGGUUAUACUGCAUUACAUUUAAGUGCACAAAAGGGACAUUAUGAUAUGAUUAAUUUAUUGAUUGAUCAUGGCGCUGAUCCGAAUUACAAUGCGAAGAAUGGACUCACAGCCUUACAUUUAUGUGCCCAAGAAGAUUUUACUAGAGUAGCUUCAAUUUUAGUAAAAAAUGGUGCAAAUAUUGAAAAAGAAACACAAACUGGUUAUAGACCAAUACAUAUUGCAGCGCAUUUUGGAAAUUUAUCAAUGAUACGAUUUUUAUUAAAACAUUCUGCUGAAAUUAAUGUUAAGACUAACCAAAACUACACUCCAUUACAUCAAGCUGCUCAACAAGGACAUGCCCACGUUGUAUCUGCUCUUAUAGAAGGACAAGCUUCACACAGAGCACACACGAAUGAUGGAUUAACAGCACUGAAUAUCGCUCAAAAAUUAGGAUAUAUAUCUGUAAUAGAAGUUUUGAAAGGACUAUCUUACGAUAGCGAAACGCAUGAUAACAAAAAUUGGGAAGAGAAAUACAAAGUAAUCGCCCCAGAAAGUUUGCAAGAAACAAGCUUUAUUUCGGAUUCUGAUGAUGAAGGAGGUUCAGACACUUUGAUUAGUGAACAACCUUACCGAUACUUAACCGUAGAUUUAAUGAAAAGUCUGCGAGACGAUUCUCUUCCCAUUGAUGUAACUCGCGACGACCCUGUACACAGACAUGUUUCAAAAGAAGAAAAGCAACAGUUUGUUGAGAGCAACAAUUACUGCAUAGGAGAAAAUUUUGAUAACGAUAAUUUUGGGUUUGGGAAACUUCAUUUCCGAUCAUUUCUAGUAAGCUUUUUGGUGGAUGCAAGAGGUGACACAAUGAAAGGCUGUAGACAUAGUGGAAUUCGAAUAAUUGUUCCACCUCGAAGAGCUACAAUGCCAAUUCGUGUUACUUGUAGAUUAGUAAAACCAAAUAAAGUUGUAAAUCUUCCUCCAUUAAUGGAAGGAGAAGCUUUAGCUGCUCGCAUUAUUGAGAUGGGCCCAGUUGGAGCUUCAUUUUUAGGGCCUGUAUUAAUUGACAUUCCAAAUUUUGCUGCAAUUCGUGGCCAAAACAGAGAAAUUAUUAUUUUAAGAACUGAAAAUGGGGAAACUUGGAAAGAACACGAUAAUUCUCUCGAUGGUGAUGACAAUUUAUUAAACACUACUUACGAUACCCAAAUGAGUGCCUUACACUCGGGACGAAUAACUCGUAUUCUAACUAAGACUUUCCCACAAUACUUUGCUAUUGUUACAAGAAUCAAGCAAGAGGUUCAUGUAAUUGGAGCAGAAGGAGGAAUUUUAAUAUCCAGUGUUGCAAAUCACGUCCAAGCAGUGUUUCCACCUGGUUCACUUACUAAAAAAAUCAUUGUUGGAUUGCAGGCACACGUGAUACCAACCGAGCUAACAGCAAAACUUCUCGGAAACAGUGUAGCAGUUUCACCAGUCGUUACCAUUGAACCAAGAAGAAGGAAGUUUCAUAAACCUAUUACUCUUACAAUACCGGUUCCUCAAGCAGCAAAUAAAGGAAUGAUUAAUCAAUAUGGAGGUGAAACUACUUCGUUACGUUUGCUAUGUAGUAUUGCAGGCGGUACCAGUGAAGCUCAAUGGGAAGAUGUGACUGGAUCAACACCAUUAACUUUUAUGAAUGACCGAGUUUCCUUUACAACCACGGUUUCUGCUAGAUUUUGGCUAAUGGACUAUAGAAGCGCAAGUGAUGUUCCACGAAUGGCGACUGAAUUAUAUAAAGAAUCAUUAUUUGUUCCAUUCAUUACAAACUUUGUCAUUUACUCGAAGCGGUUCGAUUUAAUAGAAGCUACUUUACGGAUAUUAUGCAUGACAGAUGGUAAAGAUGGAAUGCACUCUCUAGAAAAGCAAGAAGAUUUCUUGGAAUUAGUUAAAAGUCGUGAUGUUGAGGCUCUGGAUGGGAAAAAUUUGUAUAUAGAAUUUAGUGGAAAUCUUGUUCCUGUUACAAAGUCUGGAGUUCAGUUGAAAUUUGUCUUUAAAUCAUUUCGUCAAAACAGGAUAUCGUUUCAUGUAAAAGUGAAAGAUCCAACUUUAGAUCCUGUUGCAAGAAUGCUUUUCAUGAGAGAACCUAAAGUAGCUAAAGGAGAACCUCCUCAGCAACCAGUUUGUGUGCUGAAUAUUGUGCUUCCAGAAACAUUUAGUAACUCAGUAUUAAAGAACAAACAUUUAGCUAUGGAAGAUUCAAACAAACUGGCCCAAAGUUCUGAUAUAAAAUCUAAAUCAAUAUCAGAUCACAAAGAGAAAUGCGAUGAACCCAAAUCAACUUCUCCUUCGGAAAAGAAAGUUUUAAAUGACAAGCUCCAAUUAAAGCUAACAGAGACUGACACAUUCCAAGGUUCCUUUGCGAAGAAAUCUACUUUUCACGAUGAACCUGUUGAUUCUAAUUACGCUAAUAAAAUAAACGAUGAAGAAGACGACUUAAUCUUAGAAAAGCAGACUUAUUUAGAAAAGAAAAAAUUUUGGGAGGACAUUACAAAAAAGCGAAAUAGCUAUCAGAGAUCGGAAUCAGAGAUUUCAAAAUCUUCUCAACUUACUUAUAAUGAAAGUGACAGUGAGAAUCUUCCAUAUGUAGUGUCAGAAGAGUAUACACCUGCUUUUUCAGGAAGAUCAUCUGAGACUUUAGAGGACAUGAAUAUUCCAGAUAUUUCAGAAUGUUCUGUUGCAGAAAAAGCGCAUUACUUUGAAGAACAAAUUCAGAAGGAAAUUUCCAAUGUGAAAGUAGUACAUAAAUCUCAAGAAUCUUUAAAAGAAAAAGACAAGGCAACAAUUGGAAUAAAAAUAGACGCAGAUACAGAAGAAAAACCUUCAGAGAUUAGCGAUACAAAAGAAAAGUUUAAUGAGAAAGAAGAUUUUAAAGAUAAAGGAUCUACUUCCGAUGACAUAGAAAAUAAAAUUACAUCCCAGAGUUCAAAAAACAUUCAAGCUUUAAAUGAAAAAAUAAUUCAUAAAAUAUCACAAGAUAUUUCAAAUAUUGAUAAAUUAGAAGCAUUAGAAAAAGAAGUUAAUGUAAUUAAACAAGAGAUUGAAUACGUUCCUGAUGUUCAGUCUGAUUCUAAGAUUCCAGUUAAAAUAUUACCGCAUGCGAAUGCAAAAAGAAAACCUGAUUUUAAGAAGGAAGAAGAAAUAAGUGAAAAAUUUAAUUUAGAAGCAGAACAUGGAAGUUUGUCUGAAGAAAAAGUAGAGAAGGAAUCGUUUUCAGUACCCGAAACAAGCGAAGUUCAGAAAAUAGAGAGAGAUGUAAAAGAAACACAAAUGAUUCCAAAGAAGAAAGAAUUUGUUCCUUUAGUGGAAACAACUGUCACACAAAAAUCAGAAAUUAAAACGGAGUUAAAAAAAGAAUUUAAAUCAAGUAUUCCGAUUGCAAUGACAAAAACUGAAAAGGAUAAAUUAGUCUUAAAGGAUCAAAACAAAACUGAAAAUAUACUUGAUGCAUCUUCCGAAAAUAUUUUGAACCCUUUAAUUUCAAAUGUAGGCAAAAUUGUAGCAGAUCGAAAAACAGAUCUGGAAUCACGUAUUCCGAAAAUGAUUACUGAAAACAAAGACUUAUUAACAAAAGAACAUCAUCGUAUGGAGAAAACAGUCAGAGAGGAAGUUACUUCCACAAAAAAGAAAAGUGAAACCCAUAUUUUCUCAAAAACAUUUUCAGCUCGUCCACAAGAUGCUAGAAGUAUGUUCGAGGAUCUAGAUACUUUAAAAAAGGAUUCUGAUGUUGUUGUAACUUCAAUAGUAGAUCAGGAAGCAUCAACAACAAGAGAGAAAAUUGAAACUAAAUCUUCAGAAAUUUCAAAAGGUGAUACUAAAUUAUUAUUCGAGGAAAAAAAAGAAGAUCAUAAAUCAAAAAAGUCUUCAGAAAAAUGUAUAAAACAACAGUUUCAGGAAAAAAUAGUACAAGAAAGCCAAGUAAAUGUCAAGGAAUUAAAUAAAACAACUCUUCAAAAUACAUCAAUAAAUCUUACAUCAGAAAAAGAGAUUGUUGAUACAUCUGCAUCACAGGCAAUGAUUAAAAGUGAAGCAAGUCAAAACAGCUUAAUACUAGAAGACAAAGAAAGAAUAAUAAAAGAAGUAGAAGAUUUGACUAAAAUAAAAAAAAGUAAAAUUGACGUUGGUUUGAAAAUAGAAACUGAUUUGUUAAAUUUGAAAGAAAGUAUUAGUGAUGUCGUCUCUGAUGAAUACUUUCACAAAGAAGAAUCUAAAUCAUUCGCUGCUAAAAAUAUUUUUAAAGAUGAAUCUCCUUCUUCUUAUGAUCCAGCUAUGACUAAAUUAGAAGCUCAAAAUAUUGCAGAAACACUUGUACAGUCGAUAGAAAAAGAACUAAGUAAUAGAUCAAUUUCUUCAGAUGGUUUGAAGAGAGAAUUAGAAGACCUAGAAAACGUGGACUCUGAAAUUUCAGAUAAUCAACUCGCUGAUGAUUUGACGAAAAAGUUCCAAGAUAUGACGGAGAAAUCAUUAUUGCAAGAUAAUAUUGUGUCAGGGUCUUCGAUACAAGAAGAAAAUUUCGAAAAAGAUAACACACAAGAUAGUGUUAGUUUCAGCGAAGAUUUAGCGAGAGAAGAUGAAUUGUUCCUUCAAGAUAAGGAAGGUCUUUCAUCAUCUCGUUUUCAUGUAACUUUAAGUUCUAGCAGUAUUUCUGACCAUAUGGACUUAGAAGAUGUAGAAGGUUUUGUACCAGAAGGUGAUAUAUUAAAUCAUAAAAAAACUCCAUUGACAGAUAAACAGCUUGCAGAAAGUAAAAUAAAGGAAUCUUUAAAAUAUCAACAAGAACCGGAUAAUUCCGAAAUGUCUACUGCUCGAGUACUGGAAAUUAUUGAACCCCAACAGGAUAUUUAUUUAAAAGAAGAUUCUAUUCAUUUAAAAAAUUCACCAGAUAAUGAUUUGAUUGAAUCUACAUCUACAAAAGUCUCGACUUUACAUGAAAGUACAGCAGCCAGUGACCUUGACAAAAUGUAUCCGUCAAGUAGUGGAGAAUUAGAAGAAAACUUGACUACAAUGUCCGAAGGAACUCUUGUAAAUAUUCUUCCUUCAAAUCUUCCUCCUAUUAGAUCUUAUACAGAAAGUGAUCUUAUGCCACAAAAAAGAGAUAGUGACGAAAUCCUUAGUCCUCCAUUGAUAUCACCUAGGUCAAAAGUUAAAGAUCUUGAAAUUAAGCCUAUUAACUGGAUGAUUGGAGACGAGAAAAUUGAAAUUUCAGAAACUUUACAACCUUUCCAAGAAUUUGACAAAGAAUUAGAAGAAUAUAACUCAAGUAUUAUGCAGGACACUACAAUACAAAAGGAUGAACCAAAGUUCGAACCAAAGCUGCCGUGUGAAGUUGAAGAUGAAAAUACUCUUAAAGGUUUAAAGACAUCUAAAUUUUCCGUUACAAAAGUGAGUGAUCAAAAUUUAGAAACACAAUUAAUCGAAGACAAAGUGCAUCAAGGUCAUCAAAAAGUAGAUCAUACAUUAAGAAAAGAAGAAAAAGAAACUAAAGAUCAAUUUGCAGAUCAUAUGACAGAAGAGAAAAUAAAUAAAGAACGGCAAAAGCCAGAUAUUACAGAAACAUAUUCUCCAGGUAAAUCAUCAAAUAUUAUUACAGAAACUUAUUCGAAAGACCAAAGUGAAAUAGAUGCAGAAAAGAAAUUUAUCGAAGAUUCCAAAAAAAUUAUAGAAAAAGAGGAGACACCAAUUGACGAUCAUAGUUCAUUUAGAACUAAAAAAGAAGAUUUACAAAACGUUAAUUUAAGUACUCAAUAUGCAAUAACAGUUUUGGACCAAGUUGUUAAAAAAGAAAUUGAUGAAGUAAAAGAAUCAUUGCAAGCAGCAAAACAAGAUUUAAUUGAAGAGUUAAGCGAAAAUAACGAAGUUGUAUUUAAUAUCAAGGAUUCUCCUUCAGAAUUUCAAUUUAAAAUUCAGCCUGAAUCAAUUCCAAACGAACUUCCCUUUCUAUAUAGAACAUCGUCUUCAGAAAAAGGUUCUGAUCAGGAUUCAACACCUAUGUCCGGUUCACCAAUCAUUAAACAUAAAUGGAAUAGUAAUUUAAAAGAGAAGGAAGAUAAUUCAGAAACAUCAACAAUAGAUACAAAAUACUCAUCGUUGCAAAGUGAGGAAUCUCUAACGGAUGGCGGUAAACAAAAACUGACUACUGAUUCCACAACAGUCGAAGAUUCCACUGUAUGCCAGCAAUCUAGUCAAAUAUUAAAAGAUAGCAAAUUAGAAGAGUCUUAUUCUUCUUCCCCAAUUCCUGCUAGUAGAUCAAUUUCAGACACCGAUAAUAAAGAUGACAGUUUCUCUCUACAACCACCACAACCUGCUCCUAGAAAAAGGAUAAAACCUUCAAGACCAAAGAAAAUUAUUUCUGAAAGUGAACCUGAAAGUUCAGGAGAAAGUAACUAUCAAUCCUGUGAUUAUGAAAUUGGCAGCAGUAGCAGACCCAGUUCAUCUGAAUUUGAUACAAUGCAAUCAGCUUUUUCAGGUACACUUUCUGAAUACGAAACAGCAAUGAUGUCUAUGGAAAAUUCUCGACCAACUUCUCAAGAUUAUCAGACAGCUGCAAAUACUCUAAGUUCUCGAGAAUCAAUGAAGUCCCUAAAUUCCUUAAGUUCAGGACAUCUUGGAAGUGUAGAUAGCACAAGCGAAUUAUCAGAAACUUUAGUACCUUCUGAAUCAGAAAUGGACGAAAAAGACGCAAUGGAUGUUAAUCUUGAAAUAACUCUUGAUGAUGAUCAAAUCCCCAAUGUCACUUCAACGACAACAAUAGAAACUGGCGAAAGUGAUAUUCCUUAUAGAAUGAAAAGAUCUUCCGAGAUGAUAUUUCCUCAGUUAUCUAAAGACUCUUCUGCUGAUCAAUCCUGCCAAGAAAUUGCAGAUAUUAUUGAUAGAGAGACAACAGACCUAGAACUAAUAUCUAACGAAAGCUUAGAACCUAAUGUGUGCCAAUCUAGAGAUUUAAAUUCAGAAAAAGAUUUAGAUCACAUAGAUACUACAUUAAAAUCAAAUUUUGAUGGCGGCGAGAAAAAUGAGAUAGAUGAACAUAGUAAAAGUAAAUCUGACUUAUCUACAUCAAUGGAUGAAACAAAACUUGGAAUUCUAACAUCAGUGGAUUUAAUAACAACUCGAGUUAGCCAGGAAGAUGUUCAAAGUGUUUCAACGCAAAUAAUAUCUAGAGAAUCUGAAAGUGUUAUUGAUGAUCAAGAUGAGCAAGCACUUUCAUUUGAGCCAGAUUCAUUAGACCAAAGAUUAAGUUUUCUUGAAUCCGAUGAGAAAAAUGACGAUUUACAAACAUCAACAAGAACAUGGUUACAACAAGCAAGCAUGUCUACUUCUUCUACUUCUGGAAUGUCAAUUGAGACUGUAAUUGAAAAAGAAUUGCAAAGUAGAAACUCGCCGGAUAGUGACUCAUUUGAAUUAGUAGAUAAACCAGAUAUCAUGGAUGAUUUUGUAGUAAUUGAGGAAGUAGGAAAAGAAGCUGAAGAAUUUGAUGCAGAAGGAAAAAGUAUUAUAAUUGGCAAAUUUCAUUGUACAAGUACUAAAAAUUAUGACAGAGAUGUAGAAAAUCUAAUUACUGAAAAGAAAGAUGAAAAAGAAGUUUCAACAAGUCAGAUAUCUAGAAGCAAUGAAUUAUUUGAAUUUGAAUCAGAGGAAAGCCCCCCACAAGUUUCUAACGAAGAACAGUAUUCUCAAUCUUAUUCUGAUGAAGAUCCAGAUGAAGGUGCUAAGAAAUGGAUAGAGAUGCAGUUCCAAAGUGAUACAAGAGUGUAUGAUAUAGAAUACGAAAGAGGACCUUUAGAAGAUAUUAAAGAAGAAGAAAUAACUGAUUUUGAAGCAGGAAGCAGCAAGUUUGGUAGUAUGGGGAGUCACAAGGAGUCAGUUGGAAGUAUAGGAAGUAUAAGAGGUAGUUUUGGAAGUACACCUGAUUAUGACACGAUAAUUGGAAAGAAGUAUUUUAUAAAACCGACUGAUCAUGAUAAUGUUUCUUUAAGUUCACUUCAAGAAUUCGAGCACUUAGAGAAUGCAGUUGCCUUAGAGAACUCUAAAAAAUUUAGCAGUGGAUCUCAAGACUCGGGAAGUAAUGGAAGUCUUCCAAGAAGAUACACUAGUAGUCGAUCAGGCCAUGGAGACGAUAUUUCUUUAUCGUCUUUAAAAGAUUUUGAAGGUUUAGAAAAAGCUUGUAAAGAAGCUCAUUUAAUUGAAUUAAGAGCAAAGGAGGAAGAAGAUUUAUUAGACCACGAAAGUCCAGAGAAUAAAUUUAAAUUAGAAAAUCUGACAAAAGUUAAAACGCAUAUCAGCGCACAUGGUUCAGGUAAUCAAAGUACUUCAGGUUCAGAUGAUUAUGAGAAAAGAAUUAAAGAAAUCGAUGAAAUAAUUCGCAUUGCUCAAGCUAAUGUUGAAAAAUUAGAAAGACAGGAUGAUACGACAGAAGAUAUUUCUCAGAUAGAAGGUGAAAAAGGAAUUACAGAUGACGAGAUUCCCACUGCAAUUCAGAAACCACAAGGAACCAAUAUUAUGGAAACAAGUGUUGACUCUUUGGAGUUAGAGGAUAAUUCAGAAAUGAAGCAAAAUUUAAUGUGUCGAAGUUCUGAUUCUUUGGAAUUGAAAACAACGCUUGAUUUACCAUCUUUAAGUUCAGAUUCACUUAACAAUUUAAGAGAUCCAAAGGACAUUAUAACAGAAAUAGGUGAGAAUUAUCAAAUUGCAAGAAGAAUUUCAUCAGAUUCACUUGAAAUUCCCGAACGAGAACUGCAGGAGUCUGACAAAUUAUUACAAGAAAGUGAAACCAGUAGUAACCGCUCCGAAGAAUGUGCAAUUUCUGUUUCAUCCCGCAUACAUUCCACAUCAAGUAAAAAUGAUAAAACAAAAUCCAGUUCAACAAGUGGCAUUUAGAAAUUUUUACACAUUAUAGAUAUUGGACCAUUUAUAUCUGUUUGGCACAAACAUAUGCAGUAAAUACAAGUAUGAAUCAAGAAGCUUUAUGUGUGACACGUGAUUAAAUAUGAAAAAUGUAAAGUGUCAAGAAACUCGUUUAUAAUUGAUUAGAUUCCACUAUGCAUGCUGAUUUAAAUUUUAGUAAUUGUAAAAUUUUUAUUUGCAAACACUUUUAAUAGACUAACGGAAUUUAAAGUACAAAAGUAACCUUACAUCCAUAUGCAUAAAGAAAACUUGUAUAAGGUUUUUAAUAAGUCUUUGUCGUUUUUGAUAAUAAGAAAUUAUUAUAAAAUAUUAAAUGUAUUAUUAAUUAUUUAUUGUUUUGUUUAUGGAUAAUAUUUGUAUGUUAUCGAGCAGGUUUAGAAUAUUGCAGCAAUAUUAAUUAUAUACUUUUAUUUAAUGAAAAUUUUAAAGUAAUUUUACCAAAAUUCUAUCUGUUUAUAAUUGUGUCCUCAUAUCUCCAUAGCAUGUAAGCUUGCCGCAAACUUAUUGAGCAAGCUGGAUUAUGUAGAUAUUUUAUCAUUUGCAGUAAGCCUAUACUGCAAGCUUGUGGCAACCUUAUUUGUUUUUUCAGUUUAAUAAGUAUAAUGAGUAACCUACUUUCUAAAAUUGUAGCUUACCAGUGUUAAAAAACAUAUUACGUUUGGGGAAUGUUCUUAUAACGUGUUAUGUCUGAUAAAUUAAAAUUUAAAAAUGUUUAAUGAUUUGGAAACGUUUAUGGAACGUUCGUUGAACGUCAUUGUAUUUUCUGUCCAGUGUGAAUCCUCAGUUUCUCAAUACAAGUUUAGUUCUUAUAUCUGCUAUUUAUAAAAAACAUUUUAAAACUACCAAAAAAAAUUUAAUAAAUUUUGAUUAUUUUGUUAUUACUGGGUAAAUAUUUAUACAUAAAAAGAUACGCCAAACGAACAAAACCAAAAAAUUCUCAUUUAAGUUAUUUUGUCAGCAUUGUAGUAGGGUCAAAAUAAGUUGGGGUGCCUUAACAGCAACGGAUAUUUAUAUCCGAAAAUUUGAAUAUCACUAGAAUAUCCUUAAGAUAUCUCAGGAUAUCCUCGGGAAAUCCUAUGGAUAAAAUGGUUUCCAGAUAUCUUUGGGACAUCUGUAGGAUAUCCUAAAUAUCCGGGUACUGUAGGGCGAUCAUUUACAAAAAUGUUGUCUUCUGAGUGAAUCCCUCACAUAAGGACAAAUUCAGAAUUAAGAUUAAAUAAAAAAUAAAUAAUUAUUUAAUGUUUAAUAAUUGUUUCAUUUUUUUCGCAAGUACAAUAUUUGAAUUAGCUAGACUUAUUACUCAAUGGUUUUUAGGAUCGCUGAUUACUAAUCUGAUUUUAGUUUUUUAAAAUUCAAAAUAGCGGAUAGAAUAUGGAGAAUAUGGGUUUCAAUGUUGCUGUUCACGAAUUUAAUGUUAGUUUUUCAAAAUUCAAAAUGUCAAAAUGUUGUUCAUUUCACUAAAUUACUAACUAUUUUGUCUUCCAUGUUGUAUCCGCCAUUUUGAAUUUUAAAAAAACAACACGUGAUUUGUAUUUAGCGUCCCCAAAACUCCUGAAUAACGAGUUUUAAAUUUAUUUAUUAUUUACUUAUUAAGAAACAAAAACAAUUUUGGUUGUCACGGAGUAGAGAAUUUUUGUUCUCUUAGGCAGAAUGUGAAAUUGAAUUUGAUAUUAUAAAAAAAAAUUUUAAAAGUAGUUAAUAGUAUUUGCAAUUUUUUAUUUAUAAAUAAAAUAUUAUUUUAAGAAUUAUUAAUAAUAUUCUUUUAUUUACUUUUACCAAAAAAUUGAAAAUGUUCUGUCCGAGGUUCUGGCGGUUACGGAUUGGAGUUUUUCCUCCUUGACAGCUCGAAAAUAUAUUACUGAUUCUGAUAUUAAUAUAAUAUAUUUUAUAAACAAACAAUCAACCGAUAUUAUAAUUAACUGUUCACACGUGGUAACGCAAUUUGUAAGACAGA